CACAUAUAAGACCAUGGUGUACGCUACUUGCAGGCACCAGUCCGUAUCGUGCAAUCAGUGCUGAUCGUCUAACGCUGAGAAACAUAUCAUCUCAGCGGUCAGUUGUGUGGCUUAGUUUGAUUUAAAAAGCGCUCAUAAUUAUGAAGCCCCUUGCAGUUGCCCUACUAUUGGCCACCGCCAUCGUCAGCGUUAGCCAGGCCGCUAAAUUCCCUGCCUCCUUUUCGCGCUGCAAACAGGAGGAUGGCACCUGUCUACUGGAAGCCAUAACGGCUACUUUCCGGAAUUUCUACAAGGGUGUGCCGGAGAUCGGGCUGGUGCCGCUGGAUCCGCUACGGAUCGACAAGAUGGACAUCGUGCAGGGCGACGGACCGAUUAACAUCGUGUUAAACUUCCGGAAGGUGGAUCUAACCGGAUUCCGGGAAGCCGAGAUUAAGAAAGCCAGCGGAUUUACUCCCAACCCAACCAAAAUGGAACUCAACUUGCUCGUUCCGGUGGCAUCGCUCGUCGGUGGCUACAAGAUCAACGGCAAAGUGCUGAUCCUCCCCAUUCAAGGCGAAGGCUCCAGCAACAUGACGAUGGCAAACUGUGACAUCAGCCUGAAAUGGACCGGCAAGCUGGUGGAAAAGAGCGGCAAACAGUUCUACCAGAUCGACAAGUUUAAGGUGCAUUUUGACACCACGCGGUUCUACAUGGACUUCACGAACCUGUUCAAUGGAGACAAGGCGCUCGGCGAUAAUAUGAACGUAUUCCUGAACGACAACUGGCAGGAUAUUUUGAAGGAACUGAAGCCCGCAAUCGCGGCGGCCUUUACGCAGAUUUUCGAGUCCGUUAUUGGCAACGUUUUCAGCAAGGUGCCGUACAGUGAGCUGUAUUUGGCUAAAUUACCGGAACGAUUUACCAACCUGAUCGUCGGUCACUACUUGGUAUCCGGAUUCUUCUUCGUGACUGAUAUCAAGAACCAGAAAGCCAAUAUGCAAGCUUCGGUGGCUGUACUGAUCGUUGGCACGUUGCUUGCUCCAGGAAGUGGACUUAAAUUGCCUCCAUCAUAUACACGAUGUAAUCCCGGAGACGACCCAUGCAUCACUCAAGCUAUAACGAACACAUUCCACAACUUUAAGGAUGGUGUGCCAGCACUUGGAUUGGCCUCAUUGGAUCCUUUACGAAUCGAUGCAAUGGACAUUGUACAGGGCGACGGUCCUGUCGCUAUUGAGCUGAACUUCAAAGAUGUGGAUAUUUCCGGCUUCAAGGAUGUCAUCGUGAAAAAGGCCAAAGGUUUCACGGAAUCUCCGCAUGUUAUGGAGAUGAAUUUACUAUUACCGGUAACUUCACUCAUUGGUAAAUACAAAAUCAACGGUAAAGUGCUUAUAUUGCCUAUUCAAGGUGAAGGGCACAGCAACAUGACUAUGGUGAACUGUGACUUUACCAUGAAGUGGAAUGGAGCAUUGGAGAAACGAAGCAACGGCAAGGAGUACUAUAAGAUGAACAAAAUUAAAGCCACGUUGGACACCACGCGGUUCUACAUGCAACUGACGAACCUGUUCAAUGGCGACAAGCUGCUCGGCGAUAAUAUGAACCAAUUCCUAAAUGACAACUGGGAAGAUAUUCUCAAGGAGCUAAAACCUGCAAUUAUUGCUUCUUUUACAAACAUUUUUCGUGCUAUAAUUGUUAAUGUUUUCGAGAACGUUCCUUACAAUGAACUAUUUCUAUCCAAAGCCUAAAUUAUGUUAAGCGCAGAGUAAUCAAUACAACGAAAUUGAAUGACCUUAGUUUUGUACAGAUUAAAAAAAUAUAAUGGUAAAUGUAUUCCUAAACUAUGGUACAACAUGCUCCAAAACUUAAUCUAAAUUUCGUCAAUAAAUGGUUCCUUCAAGUAACUUA